AUGUCACUUCGUCUAUUUAGGCAUCGUGAAACUGGACCUGAUGGAGUGUCACCUGUACAGGUUCUUGAACCAAAACUUAAUGUGUCUACUAAAUUGAUUUCUUCUAAAGUUGGCAUACAAGUUCCUGAAAUCGAUUAUAUCAGGACCUGCUUAUUGGAAUUACUACUGGAAUCAACGACUCAACUGUAUGAAUGCGGAGAAGGUUCUUGAUUCUACAUACGUAAUCCAUAAUUGUAAUAAAUAAAACUUUUGAAUAUUGUUAACAGUGUCGUUAUUGAAAUUUGCUAAUUGCUACUUUACCUCUUUAUUUAUAUAGUUUUAUUUGUUUUUUCUUUGAAAUGCUUUUUUAUUUCUUGUGUCAAUUUUGAGUCGGAAGGAUAACACGUUUGAAGUUAUUUUGACAUUACAAAUGUUAGAUCACACACUUGAAACAGGAAUACUAAAUCGAAGAUGGAAAAUUUGGGAGGCAAAAAUCGACAAUAAACAAGAAAGGAGAGAAAGUUAUAUAAUGUAGUUUUUGAUCUUUCUACAUAAAAGAUUUGAAAGG